UUCAGCCCUAAGGAUUAUCAUGGAGAAAUACAGAUCGAAGAACACGCCGCUUUUUUUUCCUAUUUUUGGAUAUGGAGAAGGCCUUCGACUGGAUUCCUCGAGCGUUGAUCUGGUGGGCACUGAGGUCUAAAGGGGUUCCAGUGAUCUAUAUUGAUGUAAUCCGAGACAUGUAUCGUACUUCGGUCUUAAGUCCAGACCGCUGUUGGUGGGUUGAUACUAAACCCUGCCCCGUCUCAGUAGGAAUUCCCCAAAGUUGGAAGGAAUCACUCAGGAAGCAAUGAGGAAGGAACGAAGGUAGUGGAAAUACCAGCGAGUCUCAACAGUUUCAGUAUUUAUUUUUAAAAAGUCAUAAUAAAAUAAAGAAAUAUGUCAAAACACAUAGAAUGAUACAACGUACUAAAAGAAAAUGAGUUGAACAAAGAAAAUGUAAAUCAUUAGCUCAAUCAAGUUAAAAAAAAAUGCGUUUAUGAAAACAAUAAUAAGCAUAUGAAGUUGACCUAGGUAUAUUUAAAUAUCCAUACAUAUGACACUGAGAUUCAUAAAUUAGAGUCAAAGAUGCAAAAUUACAAACUUAUUAAAUAAAAGUUUUUGUACAGGUUUAAAAACUAGUCGGAGAAUCUAGUCGUUACAAAGGACUGAAUGGCGCUCUCACGCCAGACCAGCUGAGCUAUUGUACCCUUGAUAAUACAAUGUCACAUGUAGUUGACUCUCCCGAGUUUAGAGAAUGUCUCACUGGAUCAGAUAAUUCUCAAGGAUAGGUACCAUUGAUAACAGUUUUAAUAAAACAUUAAAUUGAAAUUCAUUGUUUAUUUACUGAGAUAAGCUAGACCAAAGUGAACGCAUUGUAUCCUUAACAAAGUUUCUGUGAGAAUUGAUAUUUCCUCCCGUUUUCUGAAUGAAUUCUCAAUAAGAAUAUUGAAUAUCGCAUUAUAUUUGCGAUGGUAAUUAUAGUUUUUAAUAAAGAAAUUAAUUUUAUUAAUAACAACAUUUAAGAUGCGUUUUUCCAGAGUAUGAACAUUGUGAAUUUACAAUAAUAUAAAGACCUGCCUUUACAACGAUAACGAAGAACAACGAUUUGCCGUGAAUGCCAUUUUUGUAAGUCUUAUCUUAGGUUUUCUUAUAACAAAAAUGCUGCCCGACCUAAAAAUCUUACAUGUAUGUAUUAACAUGUAAAAUAGAAGAGAACAAUAAACCAUCAUCCUAUUAGAGCAACAUAGGAGAAAUUAACAUAAGUCUUAAUUAGGGUAAUUGAAAAAUUAUAAAUUUACAAUAAAAUAAAGACACCGCCUGACAUUACACCUAUCUAUUUUUGUUGAAAAUAACAGCAACGAAUGCGAUUGCUAUUGACAAAAUGUUUAGAGAAACAAACAAAAAAAGUCUUACAAAGACGCGAAAGCGAGACUACCAAAGGAGCUGUAAUGGAAUCUGCUGCAAAUAAAGCAAUUUUUAAUUUAAAAGUUGUUUCAUUAAAGGGCGUUCACGACGUCAACCAAUAUUGUUAAACUAAAAUAUACGACAAUUAUUAAGUGGUGUUUGAAACGUCUAUAGGGUGAUGGCACCAGUAAUCGACAUGUACCCAGUGAUCGACAUCUAACCUAGUCUUAAGGAAAAAAUAAGAGUUAUAUUUUGAUUUCCCGUCAUGGCAACACUUAAUCAUAGACAACAGGACUCCCUCUGUCGUCACAAAACAGAACUUUGGGCUCGGCCAUUUGUUUUCAAAAUGGCGAGCUAAAUAUUACUGUCACCGUUUGUGUUCCUUAGCUAAUCCGAUUUUAUUAGCGAAAUCCAUAACAAGAUGGCACCCAGAAAAAAUUAUACGUCCGAGCAAAUGGCUAAAGCUGUUGAUGCUGUCCGCAAAGGCGAAAAAGUUGCCGUUGCAGCUCGAAGAUUUGGCGUGCCCAGAAUCACACUGCACGAUAAGUUAUCUGGAAAAACUCAAAUUAACUGUACAAUGGGGCCCAGCACAGUGCUUUCAAAAAUGCAUGAAGAAAUUUUAGAAAAAUGGUUGAUAACAAUGCCACUAAAACGCUUUCCGAUUUGUAGAGACUCCUUACUAGAUAGUGUCCAGAAAAUUAUAAUAGAUCAAAAAAUUCCCAAUCCAUUCACAGAUAAUAGACCUGGAAAGAAAUGGUAUCAUGCUUUUUUAAAAAGGCACCCUAAUUUGGCGGAAAAAAUACCUGAGAAUUUGUCAAUUGCUCGUGAUAAUGUCUCGGAAAAAGAUAUAAGAAAUUGGUUUCAAGAAGUUGAAAGUUACUUAGAAGAAAAAAAUCUAAAGGAUAUUUUAAAAGAUCCUAACAGAAUUUUUAAUGCGGAUGAAAGUGCAUUUUUUUUAUCACCGAAACCAGGCCCUGUUCUUGCACAGAAAGGUCAAAAACAUUUGUAUACUUCAUGCGGUGAUGACAAAGAAAACCUAACGGUUUUGUUUACUGGCAAUGCUGCUGGCAAAUCAAAUCAAAGCAAAUCUGGGCCAAAACGUUAAAAAAGAAAAUUUUGCUCCACUGCUGAAAAAAGCUAUAGAAAAAUUAACUCCUGAUUGCAUUAAAAACGGAUUCAGGGCCGGAGGCUUGUUUCCAUUUGGUCCCGAUUAUAUCGAUAUGUCCAAAAUCAAAAACAGAGAAGAAGCUUCAGUUAUUCAGUCCAAUCCAGCAUUAACAGAAUUUGUUAAAUAUUUAGAAAAAGAGAUAAUUGGUGUUUUUUCAGAAGAGAAGUUAGCUAUGUUUCAGAAUCUGUUCUAUAAAAAAAGAGACACAGUUGAAAGUGACCUUCCCGAGGAAGACACCGCUUUGUACGUUAUAUGGGCCAAGAACAAAUCUAAAUGCUACUCUGACGACUGUGCAAGUUCAUGCAACAUCCUGCCGACAUCUGAAGUUAUUGAGUCACAUUCGCCAUCAACCCUGGAACCGAUUAAUAUUUCAAUGGAUAUUAUAGACCAUGUAUCUCACUCCGAGACGGUAGUGGCUGAAAAAGAAGUUAUAGACUUCGGAAACUCUUUAACACCUCAAAAUUAUUCUUUAGCCUCAGUUGAAGAUAUAAGAGAACAAUCACCUAUUAUUGUUGACAGCGGUUUUGGAGGGGUUAAUCAAAAUCUUGAAGUUGAAGAUUUUAAUACAUUGCAGAGAGUUGUUGAGUGUACGCCCAAAAAGAUAUCUACAAUUACUCAUCCUCCGUCACCAUCAAUACUUCAGCUUCCCAGUGAUCCAGCUGUUACUGAAAGCAAUGGCAUACCCCAACCUGAAAUAAUAACGACGGCAAACAGUCAGUGGGCAGUAGACAACACAAUCACGUCGAGCAUUGUUCCCGAAAAUAGAUCACCUUUUUUGACUCCAGACAGACCAACACGCGCACCUAUUUCAAGAACUAUUCAUACAGAUAAAAUAGCACCCACAAAAAAAACGAUGGAUGAUGCAUUAGGUAUUAUAGUACCAUCACCUUUUAAAAAGUUUCUUUUUUGGCCGGAAGACGAUAUAAAUAAAAAGAAAAAAAGAAUAAAGAGAGAAAAAAUACCAGCAGCAGUAACAAGCAAGGCAUGGCGCGAAUACCAUGAAAAAAAAGAAAAUGAGAAAAAAAGGCAACAAAAAGAAAAAGAAGAACGAGCGAGAAAACGACAAGAAAAAAAGGAGUUGAAAGAAAACAAUGCAGAAAAGAAAAAGAAAACCAUUUCUAAAAAAAAUAAAAAGAAGAUACCCCGAAUUGAAUCAUCUUCAGAAGAGUCAAGUUUAGAGAUUGAGUUUGCUGAAAGUGAUUGCAGCUAUGCUGAAGAUAAUAUUUCGGAAGAUAACGACAGAGAAAAUAUAAUCAACAAAAUCAGUAAAUCAGUUAACAGUGAAAGAAAACCAUUAAAACGUAAAAAACCUGUGUCUCCCACCACCACUGACUCUGAUUUUGACAUAGAUGCCUCAUGCUCACUUGGCACACUUACUACUAAGAAGAAAGUAAGUAAAACUAGACAAACAAAUAAAAUUACUUCAGGAUGUUACGUAAUAGUAACGUACGAAAAUAAAUACUUUCCCGGGAAGGUAGAAAAGGUAGAGAAUAAUCUAUUCGAAGUCAGUGCAAUGGUUUUGUCAAUGGGCAACACCUUUAGAUGGCCUGAAAAACCAGAUAAAAUAUGGUACAGAUUUGAUCAAAUAAUUGAGGAAAUUGAUACACCCGUGCGUCUCAACAAUAGAGGGUUUUAUAAAAUCAAAGAAAUGCAAAAGUAUUUACCUGACAUAUAUAAUUAAGGAUCUCAGUAAAAAUAUGUGAUAUAUAAAUAUAUAUAUAAUAUAAAAUUUGGUAAAACGUUAGGUAUAUAUAUACUUACUUGGAUAAAAUAUGUGAUCGUUUUAUAGAACUUAGUUGCUCACUCACUUGUUUGUUCCUAACAGAGAUAUACAUAUUUAUUUAAAGGUAAGAGUCACUAGUUCUUCACUUAAUUCUUUUUCUACUUAAUAUAUAUUUUAUAUAGGUAGUAUUUUAAGGUUAACGUCAGACUGAUUAGUAAGUUCUACAAAAGAAACAUUAUUUAAAUUACGAAGAUCUCCUUAGAUUACAGUUAAUGUUAACAUAGAUAUUAUGAGUCAUUUUGAUUUAUAUUUUUUAUAAUUGCAAAAUGCAAUACAGUAGGUUGAACAUCUGCUAUCUACCUUCAUUAUUGUUCCGUAGGUUACGGAUUUUUAUGGUUAAAGUAAUUUGUAAGCAUUGGUGCUACACGCUACAUGUUUAACUUGAAGAAGAAUUAGAUUGAUAUUUUUGAGAAACAGUAGUUAGGUAUAUUGAAAUUAUUCAGAAUUCUAUAAAUGUUAUAAACAUCAACGUUAAAAAAGUUCGUUACUUAUUUAUUUGUAAGUAGUUUAAGUUGUCAGACUGAAUUUUAAUUUUGUAGCAUUUGUACGCAUUUCUGAUAUUUGUAAUUUUAAGUUGUAAGACUGAUUAUUAAAUUUUGUAAUAAUUUGUACGCAUUUGUGAUAUUAGGACGCAUUAUGUGAAAUAAAUACUUAACUAAAUAUUUUACUGUCUUUAAUUACUGGUUUUUCCUAUUUUUACGACAUCAUUGUCGAUAACAGGAUGUUGAUAACUGGGUAGGUGUCGAUAAGUGGUAGUCGAUCGUUGGAUUUUGAAUGUCGAUAACUGGAGAUUCUGAUGAUUUUUUAAAUAUAAUUUAUAUUCUAAUAACCAUUAUUAAUUAAUUUAAAAUUUGCAGCACAUAUUAUUCUUAUACUAUUUCUUUAUGAUUUUCACCAACUUCAAUGGUUCUUGGUAUUAUAGAUUUUGAGUAAUCGCUAUUCAUUGAACAUGAUGCUCUAAAAGUGUUGAUUACUGGUGCCGUCACCCUA